CAUUAAAAUAUUUAUUGCUUCCUAUGUUUAUGUAAUGUUUAUAAAAGCCUGAAAAACACGCAACCUCAUACAAGAGUCAAGUUUACGAUUUUAUGGAGAUGAAAAAUCUUGUGGUUGUUGACUUUAUAUAAUUUGCCAUCUUUUGAUAGCUCAUAAGCCCCAUUGCAGAAGAAUAUACAACACAAGUUCAAAAGAAAAACCUCUCACGAAAACUGGGUCUGUUGGUCUACUCUUGCUUUCAUUGUCCACUUUCAUUCAUCUUCCAUUUAACCAUUAGGCGUACUUUUUGCACCGCAACUUCUUUUGGCUAACACUGCAAUGGUAAUUGCUGUGUCUGGUCGGUCUAUUAUGGUCAAGUUAGUUUAAGAAAAGCCAACGAGGUAGACGGUGUGGCUUUAGACGUAACUUAUUUUAGUAUUUAUUUUGAAAAGAUGAGUGUAUAUUCUUCGCUAAUAGGAUUUUUUGUGUUACUUGGGGUUUUGAAAUGUGAAACAAUUGAAACCGACAAUAGUAUGUUAUCUUUUUAAAAAAUUGUAGGGACAUGAGUUUUACUAAAUUAUUUCAAUAUUUUAUUUUUAGUUCAAAAAAGUGUUAAAACCUUACAACAAAUUUUAAAAAUGGUUUCUCCGUUGCCCUAUGAAAAACAUGAAGUAAAUUCCUUGAACGCAGUUAGUAUGAAGGAUAUUAGUAAUGCAAUGGCCGUUAUUACCAACGAUACCAAAAAAAUCAAUCAAUUAAUACCAAAGCUCUUUAAUGUGAAUGAUCCUAAUCCAGCGUAUGUGUUUAGAUUACCUCGAGGAACAAAAACAAAAUAUAACAUUCUCACUAUGCAUAGAAACAAUUUCGAUGAGCCCAUAUUUCCCAAUUUAACAACUUCUUAUGUUCAUCUUAUGAGAAGUAGAGGUAAAAUAAGUGAAUCUUUUAAUGGAAACAGUAAAACCCAGUUAAGUGGAAAUAGUCCUUUUGAGGACCGAGUGCAUCCUAAUUUAGUGGAAGAAGAUGAAUCAAUUUUGGUUUUGAACUUGCAAACUGAACGAAAUUUUAUUGAAUAUCUGAACAAAGUGAAUCAAAUUGAUGAAACUAGCAUCAAUACAGAAAAGGAUGUCUCUGACGAAUGGAGUUCGUUGGGUCUUCAUGGAUGGAAGGGGAUUCUUUCAAAAGAUAAAGAAAAACAACAAUCUUAUGUCGAAGACAACGAGCCAGAAGUUGAACUUGAGUGGGAUCUACCUGCUAAAAUGAGAACAAAAUUAGGAAACAAUAUUUUACAAGUAAUGAAGAACAAUAAUUUAAUGCAAAUUGUUGAAAAUCUUCCUCAACAAUCGGCAUAUCCGGUAACCAGCCAGCAUAGAUUACAUUCGGAUGGAGAUGUUUACAUUGGAAGAGUAAAUGAUCCAUUUGGUCACUCAACAAAAUGGAAUCAAAAGAAUUCCACAUCAAAACCCCUAAUGGAAGACCGUAAAAAACGUGGAGUUAUUGAACUUUAUUCAAUGAUAAAAUGUUCAACCGGUUGUGAUCCAAUUAUUUUCAAAGGCUACGGUUGCUAUUGUGGAUUUUUGGGCGAUGGGCUGCCUGUAGAUGGAAUUGAUCGAUGCUGCAGACUGCAUGAUAAAUGUUACGAAUAUAGCAAUUGUAUACCAUAUCUAGAAUAUUUUGUUCCUUAUAUUUGGAAAUGCUAUCGAGGCAAACCGCUUUGUGCAAUCGAUCAUGGUGAAUGGGGUGGGCCGCAAUCUUGUGCAGCUCGACUUUGUCAAUGCGAUUUGAGACUAUCGAGGUGUUUGCGACAUUUUUUUUGUCCACAUCGAAGAGCAAUAUGCAGAACAUCCAAGACAAGAAUUCUUCAAAAUCUUUUAAUUAACUUUUAAAAUAACUAUUUAUGAAUUUUUUUUGUUAUAAAUAGUGCAAAUUUAAGUAGUUUUAUGGAACAAGAA